AUGUCUAUCCGCGCACUUAGAUCUCUGUCCAAAAAUCCGCCUGAAUUAAAAGCCGAUGAACAUAUCCUGCAUUUUUUUUAUAUUCACCCUUCCUCUACGAGACCUCUCAAGCAACCCCUUGCUGUCAAACACUCCUUGCCCACUGUCAAUGGAAUUACUAGUCACGAGUUUAUUGAGCAAGUCUUCUCCGAGACUUAUUUGCCUGAUGGCAGCUUCGUCUUCUUUCGCCACGUCCACAAAUAUGCUCCUGACAAUGAACUUCUCCUACUCUUCCUUAAACGUUAUUCUGCUGCACCGACUUCUCUUCGCGCAACUUUUCGCCCCGAUUCCACCGAUAAUUGCAUUUGUAUUCAUCACGUUGCCGUUUUUGCAUUCACCUCCUCUGGUGUACCCCACUCUGUCUCUCAAUCCGACGAAGAAGUGAUGAUGCGUCAAUUCUCAGCCGUCAAACGUCAAACCUUAAGUAACUUCUCUUCGUUUCUCAAAUUUUUCGAACACGCUUUUUCUUAUUUCCCUCCCUACUUGUCGUCCUCUAAAACCAUGGCAGCGUUCCCUUCCCUUGACGCCCUGUCUACACUGCGGAGUGCGCCUUCACUUCCUGAUACUGUUAAUCGCAGAACUGUCUAUUUUUACUAUGUACACCCCGACUUUCCUUUCCCUCUCCGCCAACCUCUGUCAUUCGAGCUUUCUCCAGAAGUUGCGCACCACCCUCGGCCUUGGAUCUCUUCAUUCUUAAUCGCGAUUCAGCGAAGUGCAUACCAGCCUGCCGGUGCCGUGGCUCCUACGCUUGCUUGCCUUGCCGUCGAUGAGGUUGGCCGCAAUACGGAGAUCAUCAUGCUCUCGAUGCAUCAAGGUCCACCGUAUGCCAUUACUCAGUGCAAUACCUCUUCUACAUGUACUCGCACCACGGACACCUGUUACUCCACCACCCAUGCGUUUGGGAUUGCAAUUGAUAGUGAAGGCCACCUUCGCGACGUAGAUGUGGGUGACCAGUGGGUGGUAUGGAAUUGGUUUCGCAGCAAAGCGUGCUUACACCCUAUUACCCCGAAUCAACAAUACGAUCCUCGCAUUUAG